AUUUUGUUGUUUUGUAAAUAGUAUGGUAAAAAUACACAUUUUUUUAACUAUAAAUCUUUAAUAUUUAUGGAAAAAUAGCCAUUGCGAAAAACAAACGUCAUGACUGACGUAAGCUCGUACAGAGACCAACACUUUAAAGGCUCUCGAGGUGAGCUGGACAAGAUAUUGCGCUUGUCUACGACCAUAUACAUUGGAAACUUGGCGUUUUAUACAACGGAGGGACAGAUAUACGAACUGUUCUCGAAGUGUGGCGAUAUUAAGCGCAUCGUCAUGGGCCUGGAUAAAUUCAAGAAAACACCCUGUGGCUUUUGUUUCAUUGAGUACUAUACAAGGGAAGAUGCAGAUAAUUGUAUGCGGUUCGUCAACAGCACCCGACUGGAUGACCGCAUCAUAAGAACAGACUGGGACGCCGGAUUUAUAGAAGGCAGACAAUACGGCCGUGGAAAAACAGGCGGCCAAGUUCGGGACGAGUAUAGGACUGAUUAUGACAUUGGCCGAGGUGGUUACGGCAAAAACGCACAACCCAAAGCAGACAUGAUAAUAUUCGGCAGAAACAAAGAUUCCCUUCCUAUGGAAUAAUGCACAAUUUCAACGAAAUCUGCACCGAAUUAUUAUUUUUAAAUAUAUAUAAUUUUUUUUUCCAAUCAUGUAAGUGUAUUCAUUCAAUUCAAACUCAAAUUAUCAAAUUAUGAUCAUGUUUUAUAACAUUGGGAUGUGACAUUUUUAAGUUGUUCGCACAAAUGAAUGAUUAUGCAUUGCUGUGAAUAUAUUAGCAUGAAAGAAGAACCUUUGUAUUUGACCAACAUUUGGAAACUGCUGUUCAAAGUAAAUAUACUGGACCAUAAUCAUAUUAUUGAAUUGUGGCACUCUUUUCAGUUUGCUUGUUUUAUUGUUUUUUUUUUUAACAAUAUUUGUAGUAAUUAUUAUAUAAUUAAUAUUAAUGAACGAUCAACUUGUUCAAAGCUGUAGCCAUAAAUUCAAUAUUUAAUAAAUACAACUCUUAGUGAAUUAA